AGAGAGAGACGCAUCGACGAAGCCUCUUUAACUUUAUCACAAACGUAUCUAAAUAUUAGUUCUGUGUGCUGAUUUAGUAUAUUUAUCACGAGUUUUCUCAGACGGCUGCGGUUUACGCAGAACGUCAGCGUCUGCGUGAGCUGCUCCGCCCAAACCGGAAGCAGGAAUGAGAGGAGGUCAAAGGGCAACUGCGAGAACUUAAAGUCGUCGGUCACAGAUUUAUAUUUGCGGAAUAAAUAUGAUGGCCACUGGAGUUUCAGGUGAAAUCUGACGCACUUGCAAAAAAGUCUGUGCUAUCUGACACGAUGAUCGUCCAUUGAUGGGUAUAAUCAAGAAUUUGACUGGUAAAGUGCCUUUAAUUCGCCAGAAUCUAGUAAGAAAUCAACAAAAAACAAUCAUGUCCGGACGACUUCAAGCUCGCAGAACAGUUGGUGUUGACAAAAACGUCUGGGUUGAAUUCACACAGCUGGCUGCAGACUACAAAGCAGUGAACCUUGGUCAGGGAUUCCCCGAUUUCUCUCCUCCAAAGUUUGUCCAGGAAGCUUUCUGUAAAGCUGUGAGUGGAGGGCCUUCAAUGCACCAGUAUACCAGAGGCUUUGGCCAUCCUCGUCUUGUCAAAGGUCUGGCCAAAUUCUUCAGCGGGAUUGUGGGACAUGAGAUCGAUCCCUUUGAAGACAUCUUGGUGACGGUUGGAGCUUAUCAGGCUCUCUUCUGUGCGUUUCAGGCUCUGAUCGACAAAGGGGAUGAGGUCAUAAUCGUCGAACCGUUCUUUGAUUGCUACCAGCCGAUGGUGCUGAUGGCAGGAGGGACGGCAGUGUAUGUACCUCUGAGACCAAAAGAGGGCAGCACUGUUCUGUCGAGUGGAGACUGGGUGCUUUCUGCCGAGGAGCUGGCCAGUAAAAUCACUCCAAACACAAAAGCCAUCGUUUUUAACACUCCCAACAACCCAUUGGGAAAGGUUUUCAAGAUGGAGGAACUCCAAAUGAUUGCCGACCUGUGCAUCAAACAUGAUCUGCUGUGCUUCUGCGACGAGGUGUACGAGUGGCUCACCUACGAUGGAGCCAAACAUGUAAAGAUAGCCAGCCUCCCCGGCAUGUGGGAGCGAACCAUCACAGUCGGCAGCGGUGGAAAGACUUUUAGUGCCACUGGCUGGAAGGUUGGCUGGGCCAUGGGCUCUGGAAGUCUAAUUAAACACAUGAAAAUCAUCCAUCAGAACUCUGUUUAUCACUGUGCAACAGCUGCACAGGAGGCAGUAGCUCAGGGAUUCGAAAGGGAGCACGAGCUGUUCGGGACUCCAGAGAGCUACUUCCAGCAGCUGCCUGCAAUGCUGCAAAACAAGAGACUGAAGCUGGCCUCGUGUCUGCAGAGCGUGGGUUUGCAGCCCAUCAUGCCAGAGGGGGGAUAUUUUAUGAUCGCAGACAUCUCCUCAGUUAAAGUGGACCUGAGUGAUGAGAGCACCAAGAAUGAAUCCUAUGACUUCAGAUUUGUAAAAUGGCUAAUUAAAGAGAAAGGUUUAGCAACAAUCCCUGUGUCCGCGUUCUUCAGUGCAGAACACAGCAAGGACUUUGACAAAUACAUCCGCUUCUGCUUUGUAAAGGAGGACUCCACACUGGAUGCAGCAGAGGACAUCCUGAGAAAGUGGAGUCAAAGAGAGUAAAACUACCCAUCCAUCUGUAUUUUACAGGCUGCUUAAAAUGGUUUAAUCUCAGACCUGAGAAAAGCUAUUUCAGUGUUUUUUCUUUGGUGUCGUGUUUGUCCCUGUAGUUGAUAAUGCAACUCAAACCAACUUCCAUCCAUCAAGGAAUUCUGAUGAUCGACUAUAUUUCUCAGGAAAUACAAAUAUAAUGCACAUGUGAUUAAGUUUGAUUAUAAAUGUGUGUCCCAUCCUCAUUACAAGAGUAUUUGUUGAGAUCAAAAUAUGCAAAAAGUUUAAUAAUAAACUUUAAGUAAACUU